AAUAUCCAUUCCUUAAGCAGUUAAUUCUUCUAUUGAUCUAAUCUGUCUGGAACUUUUCCAUAACUGCAUUACUUCACUUCUAAGGUCAAACGUGUCGGCUUCAUCAAUGCAAAUCGUGGUAAAUGAAGUAACAAAUCACGAAUUGAUAAAACGAAGAUAUUUGUUAAUUUUUGUUUAUAACUCAACAAGCGAUAAGUCAUUUACGUUGGUUUCAUUGAUAUUUUUCUCGUCGACUGUAAUUUAAACGCCAACGAAAUCGUUUCGUUGAACAAGUGUUUGCAGUUUCCACAGUUACUUAUCGAGGCCAAUCGGAAGAUGUCGGAGAUUGAUACUAAACAGGAUGCCAUCAAAAAACCAGCAAACAUCCUGGGAUUUCGAUAUAUUCAGUAUAUUAUGUUGUUCACUAUUCUGAAUAUUGCUUAUGGGAUUCGAUCCAUUCUCAGUGUUGCAGUUUUUGCGAUGACCGAAAGUGAUCCACCAAAUAAGAAUAUACCAACAUAUCCAGAAUGGUCCAAAAAGAAAAACUUGAUGUUAUCUUCAUUCUUCUGGGGAUAUAUUUGUUUACAAGUUAUAGCUGGUCAACUGGCGAAAAACUACGGACCUAAACGAUUUAUGAGUGCCUCGGCUUUCAUAGGAUCUGUAUUUUGCAUGCUGAUUCCAAUUUUCGGAGCCUAUUUAGGAUAUUCGGGAGUCAUCGUUUGUAGAAUAAUCACUGGUCUCUCACAAGGCUUCAUUUUUCCUUGUGUACACAACCUCCUUAGCGCAGGACGGGGAAGAGACUAG